AAGGAGCUUGCAGUAGCGGGCGGCAGAGCUGGAGUAAAGGGAGCUAGUGGUAAAGGGAGCUGGUGGAGGGGUGGCGGCAGGGGUAAGGGGCAGGGGACGGCCUCUAGACGGAGAGCGGGCUCCGAGGUCCUGGCUGGCCCUCGGUGCGCCCGCGCCUGUGUUGGUCCCACAAUCCCUGGCAAUGAGAGGCCAGGGUUUAUUGAACAGAGUCAGUUGUGGGUUCAGAGGGUCAGCAAUCAAUCAAUCCUCCGAAUCCAGAGAUUUAGACCCAGUCGUCCGUAUUAGGACUGGAGGGGGGUCAAUAGGUUCAGUGUUUGAGAUGCCAAGGGAACCUGUCUUUUGAUUUGGGGUUCAACGUACAGAGUUUAGGUAGCAGUCACCAUUAUGCUCAAAGCGGUGAUCCUGAUUGGAGGCCCUCAAAAGGGAACUCGCUUCAGACCUUUGUCUUUUGAGGUGCCCAAACCACUGUUUCCUGUGGCAGGGGUCCCUAUGAUCCAACACCAUAUUGAAGCCUGUGCCCAGGUCCCUGGGAUGCAGGAGAUUCUGCUCAUUGGCUUCUACCAACCUGAUGAGCCCCUCACCCAGUUCCUAGAAGCCGCCCAGCAGGAGUUUAACCUUCCAGUCAGGUACCUGCAGGAAUUUGCCCCCCUAGGCACAGGGGGUGGUCUCUACCAUUUUCGAGACCAGAUCCUGGCUGGGAGCCCCGAGGCAUUCUUCGUGCUCAAUGCUGAUGUCUGCUCCGACUUCCCCUUGAGUGCUAUGUUGGAAGCCCACCGACGCCAGCGUCACCCUUUCUUACUCCUUGGCACUACGGCUAACAGGACGCAAUCCCUCAACUACGGCUGCAUCGUUGAGAAUCCACAGACACACCAGGUAUUGCACUAUGUGGAGAAACCCAGCACAUUUAUCAGUGACAUCAUCAACUGCGGCAUCUACCUCUUUUCUCCUGAAGCCCUGAAGCCUCUUCGGGAUGUCUUCCAGCGUAAUCAGCAGGAUGGGCAAUUGGAGGACUCACCAGGCUUGUGGCCAGGAGCAGGUACCAUCCGCCUAGAGCAGGAUGUGUUUUCAGCCCUGGCAGGGCAGGGCCAGAUAUACGUGCAUCUCACUGAUGGUAUCUGGAGCCAGAUCAAGUCCGCAGGUUCAGCCCUCUACGCCUCCCGCCUGUACCUGAGCCGAUACCAGGACACUCACCCAGAACGGCUGGCCAAGCACACCCCAGGGGGCCCAUGGAUCCGAGGGAAUGUGUACAUCCACCCGACCGCCAAGGUGGCCCCCUCGGCUGUGCUGGGCCCCAAUGUCUCCAUCGGGAAGGGGGUGAUCGUGGGUGAGGGUGUGCGGCUCCGGGAGAGCAUUGUCCUCCAUGGAGCCACGUUGCAGGAGCACACGUGUGUUCUGCAUAGCAUCGUGGGCUGGGGGAGCACCGUGGGACGCUGGGCCCGCGUGGAGGGUACCCCCAAUGACCCCAACCCCAAUGAUCCCCGAGCCCGCAUGGACAGUGAGAGCCUCUUCAAGGACGGGAAGCUGCUGCCUGCCAUCACCAUCCUGGGCUGCCGAGUCCGGAUCCCUGCCGAGGUGCUCAUCCUGAACUCGAUUGUUCUGCCACACAAGGAACUGAGCCGAAGCUUCACCAACCAGAUCAUCCUCUGAGUGGGGCUGCCAGAGGGCCCCCAGCUCCUACCCACUCCCCUUGGGGCUGCCGCCUGCUUGGCCAGCCUCUGUCCAGAAAGGACCAGAGAAAGCCAGGCAGGAUUGUCACACGCUGGGGAGCAAUGUGGGUGGCCUGGGGACUCCUGGGUUUUCUCCCUCCCGACUCCCUAAUAAACCCCGUGAACCCUGGA